AUGGCAAGGGAUGAAGCAACUAAACAAGAGAGAUGGGAAGGCACAGUGAGAUCCAAAAUAGAAAGGGUCAGUAAGGAUCGUGUAUGGCCUUUUCUAGCAAACUUCUUCCAUUGGCAAACAAUCUUCCUUGCCAUCGAGAGUUCUAUAGGAGUCAAGGGCAUUUCAGGAAAUAUAGGCUGUGUGAGGAAUGUUACCCUAAAACCUGAAGCAAGCCUUGGUUGGGAGGGUAAAUAUAGUCGAUGGGGUUUAGAAAAGCUUGUGGAGAUAGAUCAUACUCGCAAAUGGAUGAGGUACGAGGUUCUUGAUAAUACCUAUGGGUGGAAUAAUUACGAGGCUACAAUAACUCUUGCAUCCCUUGAAGGGAAGACCAUUAAUGGUUCUGAAUUUAUUUGGUCGUUUUCUCUUGACCCCGUAGAAGAUGGAAGGUCAUUAGAAACUAUGAUUAAGGAUUAUAAAGCAAACCUUGCAUCUGCUUCUGCGCGGGUGAAGCAAUUGUGCGGGGUUUCAAAAUGA